CGUUUGGGGCUUUGUUUCAGCUCGCUGUCGAGGCGUCUCUUUGGUGAACCUUCUCGUUUGGCCCCGGACUUUCUUUUUUGCCGUACGUCAACGAAGCAAUGAGCGAUGGUGAUUGGAACCCGUCCCGCAGCUGGAGGGCGGGGAAGAGUGGAAAAGGGCAGACUCGACUCGGGAUAUCCUCAGGGCUGAUUUUCCCCCUCCCCUCCACGGAGGUUCUUCUUUUUAUGUAAAAAGAGGGCCAGGUUUUGACUGGGUUGGGGUGAUUUUUUCCGUUUUUCAUUUUUAUUUUUAUUUUGUUACGGCUUUUCUUUGUGGGCUAUCAUUUUGGUUACUUAUCUAGCUAUCGACUCCCGGCCAACUUGUUUGGGGGUUUUUCCUUUAUUUCUUCACACAGAGAUUUUUUUUUUUUUUUUCUUUUUGGUGAAUGAAAGCGAGGCCCUGAGGAGCUUUUUCCUGUUUUAAUUCUUUUCAACAUAUUAACUACUCUAUUCCCGGCAUAUCGCCUUCUCGCUGGAACGAUUUUAGUUUUCUAAUUGUGCCCUUGACCCGGUGCCUCGAGGUCUACGCCUUCUUACCCGACUUUCUGUUAUUGAUGUCUUCGAAUUAUAUACACUCCAGCCUGGAUUGCUGUUCGAGCUUUUCCACAAAAUGAAGCGGCCAGCGAAGUUAAGAGAAUUACGCCUGUCUCCCCAUUCGGUACCGUCACAGUCAAGUUCGGUUCUUUCCCGUGUGCCUUUGCUUUAUAGCAGUGAUGAUGGGAAUGGAGCGAGGUUGCAGCAUUGGACCGGGGGAGAUCAGGUCCCAGGGCUACUUAUUCCUCUAGCCUUUCUUUCUUACCUACGUGCAAACCUUCAGAUCUGUGCCGCCGACCAAGAAGAUAUUUACAGUCCGUCCACUCCUAUAUCAAUUUUGAACACACCCAAAACACUCAACCCGUCUUCACGUUUCUCUCGACAUCCACUUUCAACGGAGCUUUCCUCCGAUGACGCAACUAUCCACAUAUCAUCAGACCCGGCGUACUUAGAUGAGAAAACAAGCUAUGCUUCCGAGAUAGAUCCUCUACUUGCGGAUCUUCCCAUACAAAUAUCGCAGGCGACCACAGAAGAAGAUGCUGCUGCAGCCCUCGAGCUGAUUGCAGAAAGCAUCUCCCAACAACGUCAAAUGGCGGCAAAGGCCAUUAUCUUCCACCCACUGAUUUUAGCAGUUUCGAUUCUUUUCUUCCUAACUAGUGUGAAAUUACUAUAUACCGGAUCGUUGAGCGAUGUGAUACUUAUGAUGAGUACAUGGGUCGGCUAUAGUGUCAUGCUGCUGCUCAUAGUCAAAUCCAUGCUACGGGGAUAUUCAGAUGUGAUUGAAAGAGUUGGAAGUUGGCCAUGGCUGUCGGGGAACUCGAUAACCGGUGCCUCGCACAAACGAGAUGAGAUCCUGGUGGCCAAGGAAAACGGCGAAGUAGUCGGGGUACUUGUCCUGAGAAUCGCAAAGGCGAUGACUUCUCCCGACAUGCUGGGCGUUCGACCAAGGUCAUCAAGGCGGAAAAGCUCCGCGAGGUGGACGGGUAUUAUUCGCGCGUGGACGGUUAAGAGGACGUAUCGCUUUCGAGGUAUUGGGACACGCCUCUUAACGGAUGUUGUGGCUAACUGUCGACUACGAACAUUGGACGGGCCGAUUUUCGCUGAUGAUCAUGCAAAUUCGGUAAAGCCACUACCUAUGAUGUUUAAUACUGUGUUUGAGAAGCAGGAGAAGUGGGCUCGGGCGUUUUUGGAGCAGAUUAUAUUGGCCAAGAGAAGUCGUUGAGCUUACGGAAUACACGAUGGAGACAUUUUUAACGCUCCUGGUUAUUAUCCCUUCGCGCAAGGUACUCAUUUGAAGAGUGACAUGGAUGAGUGAGGAGAUUGGAGUUUCUUGGGAUUUUUUGCUCCAUUUUGAAAAUUGGGUGGUUUCUACUCCGUACUUGAGGAUGAUAUUUAAGUCUAUGCAAUAUACCCUGAUCUAGCGACCCACAUGCAAAAUAUUUUCAAGAUACCAAG